UUAUCGGUCGGUAAAUAUCGUGCACUUGUUCGUACGAUAAAGCAGAGAAGAGACAAGAUCGAAAGAUAAUUUUACGAGAAAUUAGAAGUUAUGUCGUCUAAAAAGAUAUAUAAUCUCACACCAAGGGAAAAAGAAGUCGCGUUGUGGAGAGAUGCGAAACGGAAGCAGUUGCGCGAAAUGUAUCUGAAAGAUUCGGGACAUCCGACCAAAAGCCUCCUCUUUGAUACAGGAAUAUAUAGAUGGUCUGCCACCAAAGCAUCGGCAGAGCUUUAUUUUGUACCUACAGCAAUAGGAUACAUCACACGAGUGGGAUUUAUUGCAGGUCUUAUUGCAGCUACUGCAUGGAUUAUAAAAACUAGAAGAGAUACACGAGAACAUUUGUAUCGUACUGGACAAAUCACUUAUGCAGAUAGAUCGCAUAGAUUCUGUUAGUUUAUUUUAACAAAAUAUACAUAGUUGAUGUAUUUAACUUAAUGGUAGA